AUGGACCUAACCACCCACCUGGUGGCUCAUGGUGGUCCAGCAACAAUAGUAACAUCCAACAACAACAAUAGUGGCACAACGAUGUGGGAAAGCGGUGGAAGGAGGCGAAGAGGGGCGUUGCAGAUCAACUGGCACAUGGGAGCACAGGAAAACCCCAUUCAGUCGGUCGGUCUUGGUAGCUGUCACAACGAACACAUCGUUACCAACAGUGGGGCUAUGACGACGACAACCAACGACGAAGCAGCAACGAUUGAAAUCAUUCCCAUGGUUGCGGCGGUUGGGGACCUUUGCUCCGACUUGGUCUCCAACAAAGCUCUCGGUCAGAAAGGUGGAACAAGGCUGCUGGCUUCGGUGGUCCUACUCGUCGGCGACUGA